AAGCAUUGCUUCUCGAAAAAGUGCUGAUGUUUUUUUAAUAACGAAUUACAAAAAUAACAUUAAGUGUGAGAGAAAUUUUAUUGUGACAAUACAAGUGGCAUUCAGAAAAAUAUGGAGAAGAAAUUUACGAUUUGUAAAAUAUCUAUAAUUCUGUUGAUAUUAUUUCGAGAGUUUGGAGUCAUUCACUGCAACAGUUUGGACGAUCCACCCAUGGAUGAUUUUGUUAUUCUGAAUAACACUUAUUCUGAAAAGAUUACUUUUUUCGUAAACGACACAGAAAAGUAUGAAAUUGUGGGCGUCAAAUGUACACUGAUGGGUGCAGUGACUAUUGAUUACGACGGAAAAGAUACAUGCUAUGACCUUAUGCCAUGCAAUAAUUAUGUUGCCACAGUUUCAAUCAAGUCUUUAAUUAUCGAAGAUGGUGAGAUUAUUGAGCGAACACUUUACACAAGUACGGAAUAUUCAGAACCUGAAAUCUCUAGCAUAACUCUAACAAAAAUCAGUGCAACUGAGCUCGGAAUAUAUUGGAAUGUUUCAGUGAAAACAGAAAAGUGUCUAAAAGCUUAUGAAAUUUAUUUGUAUGGCCCAUUCCAACGUAUGGAGGAAAAGCAAAUCAGUUAUUGGAACGAAACAAAGGAAAACGAAUAUGCUUUUGAAAACCUAGAUCCAUGUGGCUUAUAUAAAAUUAGCGUAUAUCCUAUAUCUAUCAAUGGGUCGUUCGGUUUACCCAGCGAAAUAAGGUUAAAAACUUUGGAAGCUCAACCUACACCUGUCCAAGCUGUCAACAUUAUAUCAGAAACACAAGCAUUAAAUAUUUCAUGGAGCCCUUCCCAAUUUGCUGAUUUAUGUGUAAUAGAAUAUCGUUUGACGGGUUGGAUUAAUAAGAACUCAUCUAGUCAACGUUUUGAUAAACAAACAAAUGCCACCUCAAUCUAUAUUACUGGGCUUUAUGCGUGUCAGUUAUAUAGUAUCCAGAUAAUUCCAACUACUGGCAAUACUGAUGGGGAACCAGUAAUUACAGAAGUCGAAACUGCAGCAAAGGUAGCAAUGGCAAGUAAUAUACAAGCGUUGGCUCAGUAUCCAAAUGCUCUCGAGCUUAGCGCUGUUGAUUCAAACUUCAAUAACAAAUGUGAAACUAUAAUAGCAAGAUUCCUGUGCGAAGAAAGCAAGCCCGGAAAUGCCACAUAUAAGGUCGCCAGACAAUACGUGGAGGGUCAAGUCAAAGGAGUAACAUUUAAAGCAUUUUUGGCUCCACUUUCACCUUAUACAUCAUACAGAUGCGGAAUUGCUUUAUUCAAUGUUGCCGGAUGGUCUUCAGCGGAAGAAAUCAUUUUGUGGACCCUACCAUUCAAUCCAAAUCCCCCAGAGCUCUUAACACUGAAGUCAUCGACAAACACAUCAUUACAGUUUGAGUGGAAUUUGCCAAUAAAUUCUAAUGGAAAUAUUAAGUUAUACAUUUCAUAUUUUCAAUACAUAGGACCAAAAUAUUUUGUUUCAUCGAAAUGCUCUUUCGUAACUGAGGAAGGCACAUCGCGAGAAACAGCUAGUUUGCAGCAGACUUUUCAAAACUUACUGGCAUAUACUUCAUACAGCCUUCAAGUAGCAGCUCAAAAUGAAUAUGGCGUGGGACAUUAUAGCAGACCACUUGUAGUGGAAACUGCACCAUGGAUUUCAGAACCACUUGAAAACCUUAACGCAGCAACAUUUGGUCCGUAUCCUACGGAAGAUCAAUAUCAAGCGCACGUUGUCAUCACGUGGACGAUUCCAUGUAAUACAAAUGGAGAAAUCCAGACAUUUCAGCUCAAUUUUUUCGGCGUACGUGAGGGGCAACCCAAUCAUACAUACAAUCGAACAAUAUUACCAGUCUAUGAUAGUAACGGCUACGUCACUUACAAGGAAAGUAAUUUAAAACCUGAUUUUGACUACCUUGUCGAAAUCACUGUAAAUAUAAAGGAAGUAAGUAACAGUAGCCUACCAGCAUCUACAAGUUUCAAGGCACCAUCUGCAAUACCAGAAAAGUUAGACGACUUGCAAGUUCAGAAAAUUGCAGUUGACUCUUUCUCCUCGUACAAUCCCACAAAAACUGCUGCAGUUAAAUUUCCGGUUGAUAUGCUAAAUACCGAUUUAGGAUCAAUAAUAUAUAUGGCUUUACUUGUAUCGGAAAAGGGAUGUAAUCCAGCGCCAAAACUUGAAUUGGAUUCUUUAAACUCGCAGGAAAAUUGGCCAUAUGUUAUGUCAUGGAAUGAUGUUUAUGCUAAUAAUAAAAAAAACUGUGUAAAUCAAUAUCAAGUAACAGAAGUUCGUUGGAACCCGUUGUCAGAACUACUUUCCAAUGAAACUCACAUAACGUAUACAAUUGGAAGUAGCACUUGUGCCGAGACCUUACCAAAUAUAUGCUCGAAUUUUAGUGAAUGCACAACUGCAAAGAUAUAUUGUAACGGUCCUUUAAAGCCAGCUACCGAAUAUUACUUGGUGUUUCGAUUUUUUACUAGAUCUGGUUAUAACGAUGUAGCACUUUUGGAGUUUGCAACUGACUCUAUUUUUCAACUGACGCUAAUUAUUAUAUGCAUUUGCGGAUGUUUACUACUAUCUUUAAUUGCAGGCGUUUCGUAUAUUUGGAUUUCUAAACGUAUAUUUUGGCAGAAAGAUUCAUGUCAUGUAAUCGAAGACUCACUUGGCGACAUUGCCGGAAAGACUUUUGUUAUGUACUUUAAAACACUAACUAAACCAGAAAAACUAAUAAGAGAGUAUAAAGAAUUGGCAUUUGUUGCGACAGAUCUCAGCUAUUCGGCAUCAGAAAAAGGAUCUAACAAAAAUCGAUACACCGAUAUAUUCCCAUAUGAUAAAAAUCGAGUUUUAUUGGAUGUUGAUGACGAAGGUUCCGACUAUAUUAAUGCGUCUUUUAUUGACGGUUAUAAAAUAAAGAAAGAAUACAUCGCUUCACAGGGUCCCAAACCUGAAACCACUAUGGAUUUUUGGCGUAUGAUUUUGCAAUAUAAUGUUCGUGUAAUUGUAAUGCUAACUCAAUUUCAAGAAGGAACAAAUAUCAAGUGCCACGAAUAUUUUCCUUAUGAUUCAAAUGGAAUUUCGGUUAUUAUCAGGAAGAAAACAUGCUUUGAAUAUUAUGACCGAUCCGAGAUGUUAAUUACUCAGGAAAAGUAUGGAUUAAAACGGAAAAUUGAUCAUUUCUUUUUCAAAAAAUGGCCAGAUCAUGGAUGUCCCAAGGAUCCUGCGCACUUGAUAAAUUUUAUUCGUAAAAUAAGAAGUUACCGACUGUCUAGCUAUUCGCCAACUGUUAUUCAUUGUAGUGCAGGAGUCGGACGAACUGGUACAUUUAUCGCUUUGGAUAUAAUAAUGCAAAGGUUGAAGUACGAGUUUAAGAUCAAUAUUUAUGAAACUGUUAAAAAGCUGCGAUUUCAAAGAAUGAAAAUGGUUCAAACUAUAGAGCAAUACACUUUUUUGUACGAAUCUGCGUAUGAACUUCUCCGUCGUAAUAUUAAAAAACAAAUAUUUGAUGAUAACAAACUAAUUGUUCCACAUAAAGGCGUUAUAAUGGCAACUAUGUAUAAUUCUGAAGAGCGAAAUAGCGAAAAUGUCUAAUUUGUAAUAGCAACUUAUAAUAUUAAACACAUUUAAUUUUAAAUGUUAGUAAAAUUAUUAAAAGUUAGAAAAUAAAUGUACUAUAAAAAAUCA